CUCCUUUCUCUUCCUCUCCUUGUUCAUUCGCAAUAGUCGGCAACAAUAGCAACAGCAAAAGCCCUCAACCAAAAACACCUUCCUCAUGGAUAGUCACUCAUUUUCUCGUCCGCGCGUGGUAGCCAACGCGGCUCAUCCUACUUGGCAGGUUGAUGUGUUGCGUCAGGGUGUGCCGGAACCCGUGGGUGUGUUGACGAUCGACGCGCACACGCUGCCCCCACGACGUCGGAAAAACAAAAUUGUCUGGCAACUUCCCGACAGCGUCGUGGCAACCUCGUCGUUUGGAAAAGCACUGGCAGUAGAACCCACGUUUGGAACACACGAGCAGAAACGACUCUGGGAACUCUUCAAGGAACAAAAAAAAACACGACGGAAAAAUCUCGUCAAGAAGAAGGACAGUGGUGACGUUACGGUGACGGCCGAAGCAUCAUUUGAGAAUACUGCGAAUUCGGUAUCGACCACUACGACUAGUAAUGCGGGGACUGAAAGUUCGCGAACAGAGCCAGACGCGGAUGACGAAGGGGAAGAAGCAACGAAAUCGGCGGUGCUUCGGGUCUCUUCCGAUAUUCACGUAGAUACGACCGCACCUCCGGUACGAUCGUCAAUGGUGCCUUCCUUUGUUCCACCACCCCCACCUGGCUUUGGAGUGUCGGGGAUGGCGCGCGGAGAACAGCAAGAGCCCUCCCCAAACUUAUCCAUUUCCUCGACGGCAUCUCAAGCCCAUCUUCCGGCUCCACCGGGCAUCCCGGCACGUCCCAAUCCGAUACCCGAUGCUCUACCUACACCCAGUUACUUUGCUCCCCCUAUACCGUCGGCCCCGGAAACUUUGGCCGCUUCGGUCGUCCAGACCAUGCUAGCGUGCCUGCCUCGGGGAGACGUCAAUGGCUGGAUGCGUUUCUACCACCCCUCCGUGCGCAAAGCUCUAUUGGUGGGUAGCGCCCAAGCCGUUUGUCACGGCUGGACCGACGCCUACACCCAAUGGCAAAGCUUGGCUCCGGCAGCGCCAUCGUCACCCUCCAGUGCGUGGCAAGUGCACGGUUGUCAUACCCAAAUUGUAUCCACCGGAUACACUGGCCACGAACCGCUUUCAACGGCUUCCCCGCCCUCUUAUUUGCUCACCAUUACGGGGCGUACAGUUCAGAAACAACAGGAAACCUUGAAUUUUCAUUUGUCGUUAAUUUUAAGCUACAGCAGCCAAGACGGAAAUCAAGGAGGUUACCAAAUAUGCAACGACGUUUUGAGUUUGGUACCGUUGGCGGCGAGACCCUAG